ACUCUCUGUUUUCUGAUAAUCAGUAAUAUCUACUAAUUUGUUAAUUGACCAGACAUCAGACGAAGAAGGAUGUAGGCACACAAAGAAUGCUUAAAUUGUCAUAUUCACACCAGUUUUUCAAAAGGUAUGAAACAAAUCAUUUAUAUCUACAAUGUGAAUACAUCAAGCAAAUCAUACCUCCCAUGCCAGUCUGUAUAUCUCCGUAUAUCUAGUUAGUGUAAACUCAGAAUCUCUACAAAAUAGUGAGAUAUUUAAAAUUAACUUAGAAUUCUUUAAUUUAUUAACAUGAAAUAUUAACAUUAAUUUAAAUAAGAAAGACAUGAAAAGUUCAGUACUUAUAAUAACUUGUGUUUGCCUAGUAAAUGAAGGAAAUGCUGACAAUUUUGAUAUUUUAAUCGAUACCAAAGAAAAUUCUAUUCAUCGUCUAGAUUCACUGAAUAUAUUGAUUUAUUGCUCUUUGUUGGCACUAACAGUAUUAACCAUAUGGAUCUUUAAGUUUCGAAGAGUUUCAUGGCUAAAUGAGACCGGACUAGCUGUAAUUUAUGGCUUGAUUGUCGGAGCUAUAAUUAGAUUUUGUGGAAAAGUCAGUCCAUCUACACAUUUGCAUGUUGAAGCUGAAAAAUCUGCAAGAUAUAAUGAUAGCUUACCGCCAGAUAACCUUUAUAUCCAUUUUCCUGGAAUUCUCAAUGUUUCAGCAGUAACAAAAGAUCAAAUCUAUGCUUAUAAGUUUCAUGGACAGCUUAUUAGAAAUACCAAUGAAAUUGAUCUCAAAGCAACUUUUGAUCCUGAAAUAUUCUUUAACAUAAUUCUACCUAGCAUAAUCUUUUACGCGGGAUAUAGUCUCAAAAGAAAGUACUUCUUUAGGAAUCUCGGAACAAUCCUCACAUUCGCUAUUGUAGGAACUACACUCUCAUCAUUAUUUAUAGGCUUAUUAAUGUAUGGCUUUGUUCAAUUAAGACCAAAUCAUACAAGUUUUACAUUCCUUGAUACUUUAUACUUUGGUGCUCUUAUAAGUCCAACUGAUCCACUAACAAUCUUAGCCAUUUUUAACGAAAAGAAUGUAGAUGUGAAUCUAUAUGCUCUUGUUUUUGGAGAGUCUGUUCUUAAUGAUGCUGUUGCUAUCGUACUUAGUGGAGCUAUUCAAAAUUAUGCUGAAUAUUAUUCAAAAACUGGUGAUUUUGAAACUCAUGCAUUCCUACACGCUCUCAAAGAUUUGUGUGUCAUUUUCUUUUUAUCACUUAAUAUUGGAACUUUUAUGGGCUGUGCAACUAGUCUGAUGACCAAAUUUACAAGAGUUCGAGAAUUUCCACUUCUUGAGACAUGCUUAUUUGUCCUAAUGUCUUAUAGUACUUUUUUAAUUGCUGAAGUAUUGCAAUUGACUGGUGUUGUUGCUGUAUUAUUUUGUGGAAUAUGUCAGGCACAUUAUACUUAUAAUAACUUGUCAGAAGAGUCGAGAGUCCGGACUAAACAAUUGUUUGAGCUACUCAACUUUAUUGCUGAAAAUUUCACAUUUUGUUACAUUGGUGUGUCCAUGUUUUCAUUUGAGAAACAUCAUUUUGAUGCUAUUUUCAUAAUUGGGGGAUUCAUAUGUGCUGCACUUGGCAGAGCAGUUAAUGUAUAUCCUUUAUCAUGGCUGUUGAAUCUUGGACGAAAACCAAAACUACCUUGGAAUUUUCAGCACAUGCUGUUUUUUGCUGGUCUAAGAGGAGCUAUGAGUUUUGCAUUAGCAAUAAGAAAUACAGUUUCGAAGGAAAGGCAAACAAUGCUAACCUGCACGUCAUUAAUUGUGAUAAACACAGUCAUUUUUCAAGGUGGAGCUGCAAAUUACAUCCUUAACUGGCUGAAGAUACCAACGGGAGGAGAGGAUAAACCUGAGCAGCUGACGUAUCAAUCCAUUCGAACUGAUGCCGAAAACCCAGAACAAUGUAACAUAAUUCAUCAAAAUACAGGUGCAGGUACUAAGAAAAAUGAUAAAGCUUUUCUGGCAAGAGUUUGGGGAAAUUUCGAUUCAAGAUACAUGAAGCCAUUGCUGACGAACUCGAGACCAACAUUAAUAGAAACCUUACCGAAAUGUUUGACUCCACUUUCGAGAAUAUUGACAACAACUGAGCAAUUAACACAGUCAAAUCAAUCUAGAAGGAUAGACUCUGAUAGUGAUUUGUGCAUUGAUGAUAAUUCCCAAGAAAUUAGAAGGAAUUCGAUAAAUAGAGUAAGUAUUAGACUACAGGAUGGAUAUGUAGCUAGUUAUAAAAACUAUGAGCAAAAAUGAAUCUACAACAAUUUAAUAUUUCAUAUUAACUGAUAAUAAAUAGUAAUAAUAAACAUUUGUCAGAAAUUGGUGUUGUUUUCACUUUUUUAGAAAACACCUUUAAUUAUCUACCUCCCUUUUCCCAAAAUUUGGUUGAACACAAAGUCUUCAACUCCCAUCUUCCCCCUAAUGCGUGACGUAAUUUGCAAACGACCCUUUUACUUUUUAUUAUUUAUUAAAUUAUGAUUUAAUUUAUUUCAUUAUUUUAUGUUUUAGCCUUGUACCUCAAAUAUUGCAGAAUGUUUAAAUUCGACUCAACAAUAAAGUUAUUAUUUUAUUUAU